UUAAGUUGCAUUGUAUGUUGCACAUUAUAUAUACGUUUAUUAUGGUUAAGUCUAUCGACCGAUUCGAUGGGUAGAAACAAGAAACGGUAUAGUAUGGGUAACUUUCUCCGAAACUCUUCCGCAUUUUGCCAUAAGCGAAAUUGUACACAUUGGACGUCACAAUACCACAAUUUGGUGCAAAGUGUUUUAAGAAAUUCUCUGAAGUGUCGUUUCGACAAAACAUGGGAAGAAAUACCGCAGUAUUGGAAUAUAAUUUGAAUACCCAAGUGGCCACUAAUAUCAGAUAUGAAUGGCAACACGUGUCCAGAGAAAAGCGGGCCCAAAUUCUCGGACGUGGCCAGCAGAAAAAUUUUAGAGGCUGCACGGUGUGGUUCACAGGUCUCUCCGGAGCUGGAAAAACUAGCAUAUCUUUUGCUUUGGAGGAGUAUUUAGUCAGCAACGGUAUUCCUUCGUACAGUUUAGAUGGCGACAAUAUGAGAACAGGGCUAAAUAAAAACUUAGGUUUCUCGAAAGAAGACCGAGAAGAAAAUAUCAGAAGGAUCUCUGAAGUUGCCAAACUCUUCGCUGAUGCUGGACACAUCUGUCUUUGUAGUUUCGUAUCACCGUUUAGGGCUGAUCGAGAAAACGUGAGGACAGGACACGAGAAUAACAAUCUUCAGUUCUUUGAAGUUUUUGUCGAUACACCAUUGGCGAUUUGCGAAGAACGAGAUACUAAGGGCCUUUAUAAAAAAGCUAGACAGGGUCUCAUUAAAGGAUUUACCGGGAUUGAUCAAGACUACGAAAAACCGGAACACCCGGAUUUGGUUUUAAAAACGGCCAGGACCUCUAUUGAAGAAUCUGUAAGAUUGGUGGUAGAAAUGCUGGUCGAAAAUGGGGUUAUUCCUAAAGUUUUAACUAGCCCAUUGGCGAAGAUUUCUAACGGCAUUAUCGACACACCAGUAAAAGAACUCUUUGUACCAGAUCAUAAAGUCAAACAGAUAAAAAAUGAAGCCUUCAAUCUACCAAGAAUCGACAUGAACCAGGUCGAUGUUCAAUGGUUGCAAGUUCUUAGUGAGGGUUGGGCCACUCCUCUGCAAGGGUUUAUGAGAGAGGACGAAUUCCUACAGGUUCUUCAUUUCAACACCAUUAAUAAUAAUGGAACCAGAGUUAACCAAAGCAUACCGAUCGUGCUUCCAAUAGCAACCGCCGUAAAAGAAAGAUUGGUAGGUUCCAAUGCUGUUUCCUUAUAUUAUAACGACGAACUGUACGCCGUAUUACGACAACCUGAGAUAUAUUUUCACAGAAAGGAAGAGAGAGUGGCGAGGGAGUUUGGUACGACUCACAAAGACCACCCGCAUAUUAAGCUUAUUUACGAAUCGGGUGAUUGGCUCAUCGGAGGAGAUUUGGAGGUCGUCAAAAGGGUUAGAUGGAACGACGGACUGGAUAAAUAUCGGCUAACUCCGAACGAGUUACGAAAAAAAUUUAAACAAAUGGGUGCCGAUGUAGUGUUUGCCUUUCAGCUUCGGAAUCCGAUUCACAACGGACACGCGCUUCUAAUGACGGACACCAAGAGGCAACUCGUUGCCAAAGGCUACCAGAGACCCGUGCUCCUUCUCAACCCUCUUGGAGGAUGGACCAAAGACGACGACGUACCCCUCUCAAUACGUAUGAUGCAACAUGAAGCUGUUCUGGAAGAUAACGUCUUGGAAAAGUGUUCUACGGUCCUUGCAAUUUUUCCGAGUCCCAUGCUGUACGCUGGCCCCACAGAGGUUCAGUGGCAUGCGAAAGCAAGGAUGGUCGCUGGAGCAAAUUACUAUAUAGUUGGCAGAGAUCCAGCUGGAGUGCCUCAUCCGGAAGGCAAAGAUGCAACUCCAGAUGGGAACUUAUUCGACUCAACUCACGGAGCCAGAGUGCUACGCAUGGCCCCAGGUCUAGACUCAUUGGAAAUCCUACCCUUCCGGGUGGCAGCGUAUGACAUGAUUGAGAAAAAGAUGGCAUUUUUCGAGCCCAAACGGAAAGAAGAUUUUGAUUUUAUUUCCGGUACAAGAAUGAGGAAGUUUGCGCGUACCGGAGAACAACCUCCAGAUGGCUUCAUGGCUCCCAAGGCAUGGAAGAUUAUAUCGGAUUACUAUCGGUCGUUGGGGGCAAAAUCCUAAUUGGCAGAUGUGCAGAUCAUAUUUGGUCACUUUAUUUUGUGCUUACUAUUUUUAGAAAAUACUUUAUUUUGUGAGAAAAUUUUGGUUUUUAU